AUGAACACAAGGCAACCAACGUCCUUUUCCUGUUUUGUUAUAUUUCUGAUUGCUGCCUCCAUCUCAGCUUCCAUUGAUGAUGGUAACGAGACCGAUUAUCAGGCUUUGUUGAAGUUCAAGUCAAUGAUCAGGAAUGAAGAAGCUCUAAGCUCAUGGAACGCUUCCUUCCAUUUCUGUGAUUGGAGUGGUGUUUCAUGUGGGAGGCAGCAUAGAAGAGUAACAGUUCUACUACUGGAGUCACAAGGACUACAAGGCUCAUUGUCUCCUCAUGUAGGGAACCUCAGCUUCCUUCGUUUCUUUUCUCUCUGGAACAACAGCUUUCAAGGAACCAUCCCUCAUGAAAUCGGUCGUCUCUCCAGGCUAAAAGACCUCUCUCUUGACUACAACAAAUUCAGUGGGGUCAUUCCAACCAACUUGUCCCAUUGUUCUAAACUUGAAAACCUUGGAAUUGGUGAUAACAAGCUAGUUGGAAGCAUACCCAAAGAGAUCAGUUUUCUCUCCAAACUUACUUUUUUUUAUGCUAGUACAAACAAGUUAACAGGUGGGAUCCCUCCUGUCUUGGGGAAUAUAACAUCAAUGAAACUGUUCUCUGCUUCUGAAAAUUCGUUUGGAGGGAGCAUUCCAAAUACCUUAGGCCAUUGGAAAAGCUUAACAAAUUUUUACUGUGAUGAUUGUAACUUACAUGGAACCAUUCCUCAUGAACUGGGUCGUCUCUCUAGGCUACGUUUCCUCUAUCUUGGCUCUAACGAAUUCAACGGAGUCAUUCCAACUAACUUGUCCCGUUGUUCUAACCUUGAAGAGCUUGAACUUUCUAAGAACAAGCUAGUUGGAAGCAUACCCAAAGAGAUCAGUUUCCUCUCCAAACUUACUUUGUUUAGAGUUUAUGAUAAUAACUUAACCGGUGGAAUCCCGGCUCUGUUGGGGAAUAUGACAUCAAUGGAAAUGUUCUCUGCAACCAGAAAUCCAUUGGGUGGGAGCAUUCCAGACACCUUAGGCCGUUGGAAAAGCUUAACACAACUUUACCUUGGUGCUUGUAACUUAUCUGGGACCAUCCCUCAUUCCAUUUUUAACCUCUCACUCCUAACCAAUUUUUCCUUGGCUGAGAAUCAGCUUACCGGUAGUCUUCCCUCAGCUUUAGGUACAAUGCUCCCGAAUCUUAGGUACCUUCAGUUAUGGGGUAACCAACUCACCGGAACUCUUCCACCCUCGAUAUCUAAUUGUUCGAAAUUAGAUUUUCUUGAAGUCCAUCUAAACAACUUCAGUGGGAAGUUGGAAAUUGACUUUGCAGAAAUGAAAGAUAUGUAUUUUAUAUCCUUUGGUGGUAACAACAUCUAUGGAUCCGGAGGUGCUGAUGAUAUGAAGUUUAUUGAUACUUUGAAAAACUGUAGCAGAUUAGACACAUUGGAUCUUUUUCGUUGCACGUUUCAAGGACCAUUGCCUGCAUCAAUUGGUAAUCUUUCUGAUCGGCUCAGUUAUCUAAGUUUAGGAGGAAAUCGUAUACAUGGAAACCUUCCUCCAGGUAUAGGCAAUCUAAUUGGCUUGACCAAUUUAGGUUUAGAAGAUAACCAGUUUACUGGAAAAAUCCCCUCAACCAUUGGUAAGCUUCAGAACCUACAAAUGGCUUCUCUACGUUACAACCAAUUUUCAGGGCCGAUUCCAGAUGCCAUUGGAAACUUAUCAUUGUUGACUAAGCUUUGGUUAAAUUCAAACAAACUGGAAUCGCACAUUCCAUCAAGCCUGGGAAAUUGUCGUAAUCUAUUGGAGUUGCACCUUGAUGACAAUCAACUCAGCGGGGGAAUACCUAGACAACUUCUUCAACUUUCAUCUCUAAGCAUCAUACUAAAUCUUUCUCAAAACAACCUGGUCGGGUCGCUUCCAACAGAAGUUGGCAACCUCAAGAUGUUGACUUCUCUAGAUUUGUCAAAUAAUAAUUUAUCAGGUAACAUUCCUAGUAGCAUUGGUGGUUGCACUAGCCUUGUAUUCUUAUCCCUCAAAGGUAACUUAUUUCAAGGCGAAAUACCAACAUCAUUAAGUUCCAUGAGAGCAGUUUCGACACUUGAUCUUUCUCAUAAUAAUUUAUCUGGCCAAUUUCCUCGAUUCUUGGAACGGUUGCCCUUAUUAGAAUAUGCAAACCUGUCCUUUAAUGACUUCCAGGGCAAUGUACCCGUGAUCGGAGUAUUUGCAAAUGCAAGUGCAUUCUCUGUUUUGGGUAAUAAUAGGCUUUGUGGUGGCUUGGCUGAAAUUAGGUUGCCCAAAUGUAAUACAAAGAAGCAUAACAAAAAGUUACCUUUGUUCGCCAUACUCAUUCUAACUGCAUCCACACUUUUCACCAUAUUAUGUUUUGCAUAUGUUUGGUGUAAGAAAAGGAAGAGUCAACCAUCUCAAUCAUCGAGGGACGAACGGUUCAUGAAAGUAUCAUAUGCUCAAAUUCUAAAGGCUACCAACGGCUUCUCCCAAGCCAAUUUGAUUGGCGAGGGUGGGUUUGGCUCUGUUUAUAAAGGAGUCCUUGAUGAUACAACUGUUGCAGUUAAAGUUGUUCAUCUGCAAAACCGAGGUGCCCACAGAAGCUUUAUAGCGGAGUGUGAAGCACGGCGGAACAUUCGACACCGGAAUCUGUUGAAAAUAAUAACUUCAUGUUCAAGUCUUGACUUUCAAGGCAAUGAUUUCAAAGCUUUGGUAUAUGAGUUCAUGCCCAAUGGGAGCUUACAUGAUUGGUUGCAUUCAAGUGCAAAUACAUCCAGACUGAAUCUUUUCCAGAGAAUAAAUAUUCUCAUUGAUGUCGCAUCUGCACUUGAUUAUCUUCACAAUCACUGCCAGUCAUCCAUCCUUCACUGUGACCUGAAGCCUAGCAACAUUCUGUUGGAUGAUGAUAUGGUGGCCCAUGUUGGAGACUUCGGUUUAGCUCGAUUUCUUGGAGCAAAUUCAAACCAAAACAGCACAAGUGGCAUUAGAGGAACAAUUGGAUAUGCACCUCCAGAGUAUGGUGUUGGGAGUGAGAUGACAAGCAGUGGGGAUGUCUACAGUUUUGGAAUACUAUUGUUGGAGGUGAUAACUGGGAAGAGGCCUACAGACGACAUCUUUAACAAAGGCCUUAGCCUUCAUAAGUUUGCAUACAUGGCCUUGCCAGACCAUGUAAUCGAUGCUAUUGAUGAUAAUCUUCUGAAAUUUCUUCAAGAGGAUGCUAUUCCUACGCAACGUACAAUAGCAAAUGCAAAGAAAAUAGAGGAAUUCUUGGCUUCAACUAUCAAGAUUGGAGUAUCAUGCUCAGUGGAUUCCCCACCGCAGCGGAUGAAUAUCAAAAAUGUUGUCCAUGAAUUGCAGAAAAUUCUGGAUACACUGCAAAAUUUCCAUGGCUCCUUGUUCUCUCAUCUUCCUAAGUGAAAACAUAAUUAAAGAACCCUCUGCCUUUCCUGAGAGGCACUUGUCUUUAUUACAAAAUAUUAG